UUGGCUUGGAUGCCGCCGGAAAGACAACUAUUUUAUACAAGCUGAAACUUGGUGAAGUUGUCACCACCAUUCCCACAAUCGGCUUCAAUGUCGAGGCGGCCGCUGAUGAGCUGGACAAGAUGCUCGGCGAAGACGAACUUCGUGACGCUGUUCUUCUUGUAUUUGCUAACAAGCAAGACCUCCCAAAUGCCAUGCAGACGGCAGAAAUAACAGAUAAACUGCGCCUUCACAGCCGUUCGAAUCGAAGCGUAAGUCUUCUGCAUUUUCUGUGA